AUGAAAAUCUUAUCUCCGCUGAAUUUUUUGUUUUCCUUGAUAUCCCUCAAAGCCACUGAAUUGUACAAAAAUACCGUGCAUUACUGGCCUUUUGAAGAAGUCUCCAACAGAAGCGUCAUCGAUUAUACCGGUUAUAACGACGGCCGCUUAAGGGGAAGCUUUAAUAUCAUCUCUGGUAUCGUUGGUGCUGCUCUGGAGAUCUCGGGCAAUAGUUCUUGGGUAGACUUUGGCGUGUUACCAAGUUUGUGCAUUAAUCACCCUGAGACAUGUCGAUCAGGGUUUACAAUCGCUCUCUGGCUCAAAAUUCAAGGUUUCCAAAACAACAGAAUUAUUCUGCAAUUAGGACAGCAUCGUUUUUCGCGAGGUUUAACGAUUUGGACGCAAAGGAGUCUGAGAAAGAACAUAGGAUUCAGCACUAACACUUUAAAUCGCAAGUACUACUGGAUGCUAGAAUGGAAGAACGACAACUGGAAUCACAUUGCACUCAAAUGGGACAAUAGAGCCGGUAGUUUGAGGAUUUAUUUUAAUUGCACUUUAGCCAAGGUCGUAAACAAAAGUAAAAAGGCUACGCCUUUGGAAGACAAUAAACCAUCGAGACUUACUUUAGGAGCAAGCCAUGCGAAAAAAAAUCAUAUGAAAUUGAUGGUUGACGAAUUUGCCAUUUGGAACCACACUGUGUCAGAUGACCUACUGUGCAAGGUGUUCAGAAUUCACUCAGUGGAUAAAAAUUACAGUGAGUGGUCUGAUUUUAGCCCUUGUUCAGUAUCUUGUGGUAAUGGCACGAUGAAACGGACAAGGAACUGUAGCCUACCAUUACCAACAAAUCGUGAUCAACACAACUGUUCUUUUAUUGGACCCUCCGAGGAAGUAAAGUCGUGCUUUUUACGGGAAUGUCCGCUGGACGAAAACUAUUCACAAUGGUCAGUCUUUAACAAUUGUAGCAAGACCUGUGGUGGCGGAAUCAAGAAAAGAAAUAGGACUUGUUCAAACCCGGAGUCUGGACUCGGUGGUAGAAUUUGUUCUAGUCUAGGAUUGACGAUCGAAGUUAAAAACUGCAAUACACAACCUUGUCCUAUAGAUGGAGGGUACAGUGAGUGGACGGAGUUUUCACGAUGUACAGUUUCUUGUGGAAAUGGAACGAGACAUAGAACUCGAAGUUGUUCCCGUCCACAACCUAAAUAUGGUGGGAGGGACUGUGCGCAUUUAGGAUCAAAUAUAGAAAUUGCGAUUUGCAACAAUACUUUUUGCCCGACUCACGGGGGCUUUAGCGAAUGGUCAACGUUCAGCAAAUGUACAAGAACAUGCGAUAAGGGUAUUCAAAAGAGGUCUAGAAAAUGUUCUAAUCCCGAGCCGAGCCAUGGAGGAAAGGAUUGCUCGAGUUUGGGAGCACAUGUAGAGACAAGGGUAUGCAAUACUCAACAUUGCCCAGUAAAUGGUGGAUUUACCGAGUGGACGAGAUGGGGUGAAUGUAGUAGAUCAUGCGGAGUUGGAAUUAAAAACAGAACGCGAUCCUGUAGUGAUCCUAUUCCUAUGUAUGGCGGAAACGAGUGUGAUGGAUAUACAAUCGACUUUACAGUUUGCAAUAUUGAUCAGUGCCGGGUUGAUGGAAACUAUUCUUCAUGGUCAAAGUUUAGUGCUUGUAGCAAAAGCUGUGCUGGUGGUAAAAUGAAACGAACAAGAACGUGCACUAAUCCACCUCCAGAUAAUGGAGAGGAUUGUUCGCUGCUUGGUUCAGCGAUAGAAAUUAGAAACUGCAACACUUUUCCAUGUCCAAUAAAUGGUAAUUAUUCAUCGUGGUCUAACUUCAGUUUGUGUAGUAAAAGUUGCGGUAAUGGUACGAUGGAAAGAACGAGAAAUUGUUCAAAUCCAGAGCCAAAACACGGUGGCAUGAAUUGCUCUUACUUAGGCCUUCCAAAGGAGGUAAAAAGUUGUAAUGCAUUUCCUUGUCCGAUACAUGGUAAUUUUUCUUCCUGGUCACUUUUUAGCGUUUGCAGCAAAAGCUGUGGAAAUGGGAAAAAGACCAGAACUAGAUCAUGUUCAAAUCCUGUUCCAAAACAUGGUGGUAAAAACUGUUCUGCGCUUGAACCUCUAAAAGAGGUGCGUAGUUGUAACACCUUCCCCUGUCCUGUUCAUGGAAACUACUCGCCUUGGUCAAAUUUUAGCAGUUGUUCUAAAAGUUGUGGUAAUGGUAAAAUGGUACGAAUACGAAAAUGUUCAAAUCCUACGCCAAAGCAUGGUGGAAGAAAUUGUUCAUUGUUUGGGCACUCGACAGAAGUUCGAAGCUGCAAUGCAUUCCCCUGCCCAGUUCACGGAAAUUAUUCGACGUGGUCCAAUUUCAGUGCAUGUAGUAAAAGUUGCGGAAAUGGGACAAUGUCACGAUUUAGAAACUGUACCAAUCCGAAGCCUCGCCAUAAAGGAAAGAACUGCUCUUCGUUAGGGGCCCCAGUAGAUAUUCAACUUUGUAAUGUUUUUCCGUGUCCGAUACACGGCGGAUACACAGUUUGGGGAAACUUUACGCAAUGCACGUUGUCAUGUGGUAAUGGCACCAUGUAUAGAACAAGAAACUGCUCCAAUCCCGCACCUCGACAUCGGGGCGAAAAUUGCUCAAAGCUUGGACCAGCUGAGGAAAUAAGAGCAUGUAACGAGCAUCCUUGUCCAAUACACGGUGGCUACACGCAGUGGUCGGAGUUCAGUCAAUGCUCGACAAGCUGUGGCAAUGGCACUCAUCGGAGAACGAGGCUAUGUUCCAAUCCAGCGCCAAAAUUUGGAGGUAAAAACUGCUCUCUGUAUGGUUUGGACAUUGAUGUCGAAAGUUGUUAUUUGAUUCCGUGUCCUUUAGAUGGUGGAUAUAGCAUGUGGUCAAACUUCACUGAAUGUACCAAAUCAUGUAACGUCGGAAGACAUACUCGAACUCGGCAGUGUAACAAUCCUGUUCCUAAACACGGUGGGAAAGAUUGUUCGAGCCUUGGUCCAGAGACAGACGUACAAUUAUGUAACACAUUCCCCUGCCCCAUCCAUGGGGGAUACAACCAGUGGAGUGGAUUUGAGUCAUGUACACGAACCUGCGGAGGAGGAAAGCUCAUAAGGAGACGUUCCUGCAUCAAUCCGCCCCCUGCCCACGGAGGAAGAAAUUGCAGUAGCCAGGGUCCAAGUAUUGAGUCCAAGUCAUGCAACACGCAAAAAUGUCCAGAUAUUGUUUUCAAGAUAACAAUAAACUUGACGUCUGAGAAAUGGGACCCAACUUUAGCUGCUGGAAAAGGCCGGAGCUUUGACAGGCUGACGUUAAAAAUCCAUUAUGGGGUUAAAGCGAUUAUGGGAGAACGGGUAGUAUCUGAUGUUGGAGAUUUCACCUUUAGACAAGGAAGCGUCAUCGUAGAUUUCUCUGUCAGCCUAUUUCACCAACCCUACCAAGGAAUUACCGCUCUUCAAGAUGCCAUCAACAUCGACAAAAAAAUAGAAAAUACACUGACGGUCUCACCUGUAAACCUCGCUUCACCGGAUGUCCCAUUUAUGGCACCAGUCAACAUCACGGCUAUUAACUCAAGCUCCACCUCAGUUCUCCUAACAUGGCUACCAAUUCCGAACGAGUAUUCCAAUGGUCCAAUUCUGGAAUACAGAGUUACUUUCUGGGAAUUAGGAAGUGAUAACUUAGAAAAAAGGCUAUGGAAGAAGGUGAUCGACGGGGAAAGACUGUCCUCACAUGUGACUAACUUGGAGAAGUUCACCACCUACCAGUUUAGAAUGGCAGGUGUCAAUCAUCGAGGAGUCGGAGUGGACAGUGAACCAAUUGAAACAAAAACAGAUCAAGACAAGCCUAGUUCAUCGCCGUGGGAUGUAAAAGCCAGUAACAAAAGCAGCACAACCAUUUACGUUAAUUGGUCUCCGAUCCCCAAACAGUUCAUUCAUGGAAUUCUAUUGGGUUACCAUGUUCAUUACACUAACUUGGAUCCUAAUGGAUACGAAGACGUCAUUACUCGUACAUACCCGACUGACCCAACCAGAACCUGGGCUCUAAUUACAAACCUGCUUAAGUUCACAUCAUAUCAGAUUCAAGUCAGCGCUUUUACAAUUAAAGGAGACGGGCCAUUGUCGGAUACAAUCUUCGAGCGGACACAGGAGGACGUCCCUAGCCGGCCCCCAGGAAAUGUUAAAGGCAACAAUCUUACAUCCACAAGCAUCGUGAUCCAGUGGAGCCCAAUCUCCUCGCGCUAUGCACACGGUGUUCUCCUGGGUUAUAAAAUAUCUUAUGUAACAGCAGACGCCCCGAAUAAUCGAACGUGGAGCGAAACUGUAGUCAACCAGUCAGCAACGUCAGCGGUUAUUGCCAAUUUACGCAAGUUCACAACGUACAUGGUAUCUGUUGAAGGUUUUACCAACAAAGGAAGUGGAAUUGAGAGCAAAUGUGUGGCAGUGACCACGGAUGAAGACAGACCCGAUACCUUCCCUGCCAACGUCACCGGUUUCAACAGAAGCUCCACCUCUCUGUUUCUUGAGUGGAAACAUAUCCCUCCACAACACAGAAAUGGCAUUCUCCAAGGUUACAAGAUUUCAUAUUUCUCUAAUAGCUCUUAUGAGACAGUCUUGCAUCAGACAGUCCACGGUUCAAGGACGUCGACUACCCUUGAGAACUUGAAGAAAUUCACGUGGUACGUCAUCAGAGUGGCCGGGUACACCAGUAAAGGACUCGGUCCUUCACCUCUACAACCUUUAGUGAUAAGGACAAGUGAAGAUGUUCCUAGUAAACCUGUGAUAAAAUUAAAAGCUCGUAACACAAGCCACACGAGUCUCCUUGUGGACUGGAAAGACAUACCACUUGACUACGUCCAUGGGAUACUAUUGGGCUUUAGAGUGCUGUUCUGGCGAUUCAAUGAGUCACGUGACACGUAUGAGAUCAGAGAGGUUCCUCCUGAUGAACGAUCUGUCCAUCUAAAAGAUUUGUGGAUUUACACCAAAUAUAAAAUACAAGUUCUUGGUUUCACGGCUGCUGGCGAAGGUGCUGUUAGCGAGGAAAUCGAAGUCUCAACUGAUGAAUACGUUCCCAGUCAAUCUCCUGUCAAUGUUCAAGCGAUGAACAAGACAAGUCCCACAAAAAUCGAGGUACAGUGGAAACCAAUCCCAGAUGAAUUUUACGUCCAUGGUAUACUGCGUGGUUACAGAGUACUGUACAAGGCGAUAGCCACUGCAGACGAGACGCCAGAGGAAGAGUCGGAAACUAAGAUAGUAACAGUAUCAAGCUCAAGCUUGUCUGCUGUUCUGGAAAAUUUGGAUGCAUACACCCGAUACGAGAUCGAAGUUCUGGCAUUUACCAUCAAGGGAGACGGGGUGAAGAGUGAACCUAUACGAGCAGAAACGUGUAACUGCUACAGCACUGUCUUCUCUAAUUGGUGGAUCAACCCGCCUUACGUUGACAGCCCCGAUUCCAACAAGAGCGGCAUCAUCACUCCUAUCCUAAAAGAAUCAGUUUAUUCCUGCUGUGGGAACUGCUCUGAGCAUGGAACCUCACGAAUAGACUUUGAGUACACUGCCUCUCUACGUCCUGCCAGGAAAUCAGGACUUGUUCAGUUCAAGAACGGCUUUGAGGAGAAAACUGAGCUUCAUUUUCCAGUCUAUGGCUUCAUGGAUCAGACUCGGUUUUCAGACAAUUACGGAUUUGUUCCUUUCGUCCAGUCGCCAGGCUUGGCACUGAUCAUAAUCGGAGAUGAAAAGGGAACCGCUGCAAAUCUACUGCUCAAGUCACUGGCCUUUUGUUUCCCAGUACUCUUUUUGUCCAUUGCCAUGUUAUGGGUGUCCAGUUUGGCCAUGUGGUUUGUGGAAACUGCAGCUAAUGAACGCCACUUUCCUCGCAAUAUUCUACAAGGAAGCUGGGAAGCGAUGUGGUGGGCGUUUGCUUCCAUGACAACUCUCGGGUACGGUGAUCGGAUUCCAAGGACUCCGUUUGGUCGCCUGGUGGGUUUAACUUGGAUCCUUUUAGGCGUCAUCAUGGUGACUUGCUUUAACUCUACCAUGACAACACUGCUGACCGCGAGAAUUUUGGACAAAGAGGUUAAUUUAUAUGGAACCAAGAUUGCUGCAAUUCAGAAUUCAUCCGGGUAUCGUAUUGCUAUCAGGAAAAAUGCCCGAGUCAACCCCGGUGGCAAGGAGUACACUAAUCUGCAAGAAGUUUACGAAGCUCUAACCAGUCGAGAGGUAAAAGGAAUGCUUAUCGAUGCAUACACGGUAGGGAGUAAGAAACAUCUAUUUAAUCGACGGGAUCUACGCAUCAGUAAGCUACUGGACUACUCGGCUGCAUACGGUGUGGUGCUAGGAGGAGAGGCCAAGAAGAUACAGAAGUGUCUUCAAAAAUACGUCAGCGAGCAGCGCUCUGAGAUAUCCAAGAUUGUGAGGAAUAACGUGCAAGCAAUCGAGAUUACGCCUAAAAGCAUGUCUGUCGAGCGCUCGAGCAGUCUGUUUGACCCGAGGUUUCCCACGUACGUGCGUGCGCUGAUCGUCUGUGGUGUAAUCCUUGGUGUGAUGUGGCUAGUAGGAGCUAAGUUUGAGUUUGCUAAGAAGAUGGGAUGGGUAAAGUUCAGGAAAAAAGGUGCAGAGAGUCACUCUCUUCCAAGACGAGUGGAGUUGUCCAGACACAAAGAAGAAAUGAAGGCUGAUUUGUCCAGAAUCGUUGCCAUAUUCAAGAUCAACUGCUCGCGUCGUAUACAACACUUGAGGCAACGCCACAAAAAAGAACUGCUUCUUUUAGCCAAGCUCAAGAGACAAGCAAACAAUGCGUUAAUCCAUAAAGGAACUUUACGGAAGGACAGUUUAUUUAACUUUACUUUUGGACUAAAAACACUCGAGUUAAAUCAUAAUUCAGAAAGAAAUGGUCUAACAAAGCAUGACUCGUCACUGAAACAAGACGAUGAAUAUAUGGAAGCCAUCGUGUAGGGAGUGUAUAUAGUCGUCAACAGAGGCAGAUCCAGACCUUGAGCUAAAGGGGACACCCGGUUUUAUGUCGUUUGCCCAGCCGGUUUUUCUUCCUUCUGCGAUUCCUGUUCUUUUUUUUUAUUAAAAAUAAGGGGGAAGAUUCGCCACUGGUCAAUCGAGA